UUGCAGGAAAUCCAGAGAUAUGCGAACAUUUUGCCAAUCAAUUUACUACGAACAGUUGCUGAAGAUGUUGGCAAAGGGAAAUAUUUUUUUCCUGCCGGCACACUUUGUAUCCCACAAAUUUCCAUUGCUAUGAAUGAUCCUGAAAACUUCUCGGAACCAAAGGAAUUCCGUCCAGCACGUUUCCUGGAAGAUGAUGGAUACGAUGCGUUCUUGCCAUUCUCGCUUGGUAAGCGACAAUGUUUGGGUGAGUCGCUGGCCAAAGCGGAGCUGUUCCUGAUUUAUGCUAACCUGAUGAGGCAUUUUCGUUUUCGGACCGUGCCAAAUAAACCGAAUCCGUCAACGAAACGGCUUACAGGCCUGACAACAUCACCACUGCCAUACAAAUGCAUAGUAGAGAAAAGGUAG